GCAAAAUCUCAAAAUGCCAAAAUAGAUAGAACGAAAGAAAAAGUUCAAGUUGCAUGCUUGACCUCAUUUUGCUUUGCUGAAACUGAGUGAAAGUACUGACUAUUGACAGUUAACUGAAUAACUCUAGACUGUUUACUCUACGCUGUACAAUGAAUAAUUAAUAAUACCUUAGUGCUACACCAGUCACCAUUGCUUAAUAAACAGAUUAAGUAAAUAAUCUGAAUCAUGUCUGGCGGUAAUGUACCAGUGGUAUAUAUGCAACGCACGGAAACAUUUAGUGCAUGUCAUAGAUUGCACAGUCCAUUAUUGUCAGAUGAAGAAAAUUUAUUGACUUAUGGGAAGUGUAAUCACAAAUAUGGACAUGGUCACAACUACAAAGUUAAAGUUACGCUAAAAGGACCGGUUGACCCUAAAACUGGUAUGGUGAUGAACUUGAUUGACUUGAACAAAUUCAUAGAAGAAGCAAUAAUGUCAGUCUUUGAUCAUAAAAAUAUUGACAUUGAUGUUCCAUAUUUCAAGCAUAAUAUCAGUACCACUGAAAAUGUAGCUGUUUACAUUUGGAACAGUAUGAAAGAAAAAGUUGGGAACCUUCUUUAUGAAAUCAAAGUUAAUGAAACUGAUAAAAAUGUGUUUAUAUAUAGAGGAGAGUUGCAGUCAAAUUAAAAUGUAGAAAAAAAUCAUUUUGCUCACUUUAGCUAUUAUUUGUUACUAGGUAGAAAUACAAAAUCUAUUCUUUUUGUAAAGGCAGGUUACUUUCUCAAAGGUCCCUGAAUUUUUUCACAUAAUUUUCCUUAAAUUAUAAAACCAUGCUUUGGUAAAUUUAAAAUCAUCCAAGUUCCCCACACAGUCAGAUUGUCUUUCUAACCGAUGGAAAAACAACCCUCCAAAGCCUGCAAAACUCUGAUUCCUCAUAUAUUAAAAAUCUCAGAACAACACUUACAAAGCUAACCAACAACAGCAAAAAAACUGUAAUUCAAUGGAUACCAGCUCAUAUAGAACUAGAAGGAAAUGAGAAGGCUGACACACUCGCCAAGAGUGGGAGAACUAACACACUAAUAAACUCUGCACUCUAUCCAGAAGAAUUGAAGAAAUUAAUCUUAAAUAAAAUAAAUGAGAAAUGGACGAGCUCUCAUCCAAAUCACAAGAAAGAUGACGCUUACUAUAAGCUAUCCCGACAAGACCAAAGUCCAAUCUUUCAACUCAGGACCGGACACAACAGAAUGUGACAACAUAUGUACCGGAAGCUCAAAAUUGGAACCAGUGAAAUCUGCCCAUGUGGAGUAUCACCAGAGAAUGCAGACCACGUCCUCCAAAACUGAUCUCUAUACUAAGAGGCCCGUAUAAGACAUUGGCCCCAAAUCACCCCAAUAGAAAGGAAACUAUAUGAAGAGCUCCCUGAUUUGGAAACCACUGCACAGUUCAUCUCAUGUAUUGGUCUACUCAUCUGAACACUCCAACAUAACAAUGAGAACGAAGAAGAAGAAGGUGAAUUUAGAUAAACUAGAAAGCAUUCAAGUUGACUAAUGAAAAAAUGUUUUAUUUUGAUCUAUCUUUUCCCCAUUAGUUUAUUACAUCUGCCUCAGAUUACCAUUUACCUUUGUUAUACUUACUUACAGAUAUGUUGAGAAAUGCUAAAGGAAGAAAACAACUAAGCAUCUAAUAUUGUAUGAACAAUAAAAUCAAGAAAACAUUUUAGCAAUUUAAACUUUGUAUUUUUGGAUUGUUUUUUUAAAUUAUUGUUUUAGCUCCCUUUUUGUAUCAUUCAAAACAUUAUCGUUAAAUUAGGAUGCUUUUAAAAUGUUUUAGAUUUAAAUGACCCCGAAUGAAGUGGAGAUAGUUAAGAUGUAGAAGACAACAUUACAUAUUGAUUUCUUGUUGACAAAUGGAAAAAAAACUCAUCUCUACUCAGUUAACUUCCUCAUGGAUUCUAUAUUCUUUGACAAAAAUUUACUUUUAAAAGUUGAAGAACAUAGGAGUUAAAUUCUGUUAAAAAUUGAAAAUCUGUUACAAAAUGUGAUUGAAGUUGUUAUUUUUAUUGUUUUCUAUUAAAUGAUAAUUUUUAUAUUGGAAAUAUUUAUGUAAGGAUAAAUUGACAUGAGAUUUUCAUAGAUCAGGUUGUACCUUUUUUAUUUGGCAAAUUUAUUUUAAUCAAACAGUCAUUUUUUUUGCAACUCAACUUUGAUGCUAUGAAGAGUUUAUUUAGAUCUAAUUAUUCAAAAAGAUAUGAGUAUUUAUCUUCUAAUAAAUUAAUUUCUUUUUUUUUUUUAAAGAAAAAUAAUUUUUAUAUGAUUCAUCUUUUGUCCUUUAUGUUAAUCAGAUAUUCAAACACAUUGGUUCUCACUUAAGUCUAUAAACAUCACUGUUUUUGUUUUGAGGUUUCAUUUUUUUUUUUUUAACAAGGGUUCUAUUAUGAAAUACUGAAUCCAUUGGUGUGAUGGACAUCUCAUCUCUGCCAGCUUCCUCCAGGCAUCUUGGUUCAGGGUAAGUUUCUCCAAUUAUACCAUUUUUCUAUCUGCUUCCAAAUCGCUGCAUCAUGUGAUUUCUAGGUCAUCCCCUCUUCCUCUUUCCUUUGGGGUUCCAGGUGAGGGCUUGCAAAGAGUGUGACCUAUCCAUCACCAGUGUGGGCUGCUGCUUUGCUCUGUGAGGGACCAGACGUUAAAAUAUUUUCAUUUUUUAAGUACAUGAAGUGUUUAACAUUUUCAAAUGCUAGAAAGAAGUCUAAUAGUAUGAUUUUUUUUAUAUAAUUAUUAACUUUUUAAAAAAAUCAUCUAAUAUUGAUACAAACACAAUUUCACUAACUAAAACCAUGUAGAUGUAUGUUUAGAACAUUGUAUUCCUCGAGGUAAUUCAUUAUUAUUAUCUACCUUUAUUUUACUUGUUAAGGUAGUAAGUGAAACUACCUUAUAAUUUACUAGUUAAGGUUUUUGUUCUUUUUUAAAAAAAAGGAGUGAUAAUUGCUAAUUUCCAUUUGCUCUUUACCUUUAUCUAGUCAAUGCUCAGUAUUAGAAAGCUGUUUAGUUAUUCUUUGAUACAUAUUCAGCAUAAUUUUUGAGGCCAAGGUUUUAAGAUACUUAUAUGCAAUUAAUUCUCUUACAUCACAUCAAUUGAUAACUUUGGUCCACAAUUUAAUUAGUCAAUAACAUUUAUUGAUUUGGUAUAUGUUCUAUUUUUACUAAAACUUUUUUGAUUAUUGUGUAAUAUUGGACUUAACAGUCAUCUUUGAGUUCAUAGAAUAUGAGAAAUGUGCUCAUCUUCGAUCACGACGUAGAAGCUAUAUAUAUAUUGUUUUUGUAAGCCUUGGCUGUGAUAUAUGUUUUUUAAAAAAUGCCUUGCAGGCAGCAACUUGCAUUGCUCUUUAUUUUUAUAUUUUGUUUUCUACAUUUUCCUUCUUGUAUAGCCAGAAGUUGUUUUUUUUUUUUUUUCAAAUCUUUAAUUUUAAAGGAAUUUUACUUUAUGUUUCUUUAAAAUAGCAUGGUUGUCACUUCCAUUAUUAAUAGCCAAUAUUUUAAUAUUAAAGAAAUUAUAGAGUGUUGUGAGUUUUUACUAUGAACUUGAUUAAAACUUUUUUUCAAGAAUUA